GCUAGCGACGAAAAGCGUCAUCAGUAACCACUUUUCCUUUACAUAUUUCUCCAAAUAACAUCAUUCAGAAUCGAAGUCGUGAUGUCUGCAAUGGCAAAAAAUAGAAUCAAGAGUUCAUGGACGCCACUCACCAACGAUGAACAGAAUAACAAGCUUUUUGAAGAAAGAAGAACUUUAAUUGGAAAAUGGUUCGACAAGUGGAGUGACAACCAGCGUAAACAAAUAAUCGAGGACCUAAUCCUGAGGUGCAAAGUAAAGCAGCUCGAAUUCGCCGCUGAAAUCCUGAAGACCAAAGUGCCGGUCCAUCGCGAUGACUUCACACGAGAAUUACCGAGGGUCAUCACUUUAUACAUCCUUUCAUUUCUGGAUCCACGCAGUUUGUGUCGAUGUGCCCAGGUUUGUUGGAACUGGAAGCACUUGAGUGAAGCCGACCAGAUCUGGAUGCCAAAAUCGAUUCGCCUCGGCUGGUAUUUGACCUUUGACCCCAGUCCUCAUGAGAUUGGCAUUUGGAAGAGAAAUUACAUUGAAAAUGUCAACCUGUUGAACUUUCUGGCUCCAAAGGAGACGCCACGCAUGACUGCGCGGAGUUGCACAAGUUUGGACACAUAUAGAUACAGCGAAUACGGCGACGGAAUUCAGUCAUCACCCGUCCCCCUCCAGGAACGACUUGACAGACUCUCCAUAAAGGUUGCCAAGGAGAAGAAAGAGAAGGCCAAGACAAUGUCGCCAGCGCCGUGGAAGGGUUCAGAUAAAGUUCCGACUGAUACGUGGCGAUACAAUUACCUGAAAAAUGACGAUGAAAUAGAGAAAGUGAAGAAACUGAGGAAGAAGGGAUUCUACGGACAGGAUGCCGUGAAAAUUGAAAGUUCUGCCAAAUUUAAAAUCAAGUCAGGAGCAAGCCUCUCAUCUGCCAAUAAAAAUAAACCAAGAACUAUACCUAAAGUGAGCUACAAUACUGAAGAACUAGACACAGAAGGACGUCCACAGUGGGCUAAGUUCCAGAGUGGCGCCCCAUUUGUGAACAAGAGUGAGUUGGGAGAAUCGAAGACGAUGGAUGCAUCGGAUCGGCCCGGACCCGUCCACCGAAUAAGAGUGCCACCACAGAGGAGUGACAGAGAUCCGCCAAGCUCAAAUUUGUUUCCACAUGGUCAAGCUUGGACGCAACCGGCGCACGACUCCGACGAGGAGUGACCAAGAUCGGUGACAGCUGAGAUAUUAGAAUAAAUAGACAUUGAGAGUUUUGUCCAUUGGUGAUUAGGUCUCGACUGUGAGACUACAGGACCAUGUCCAUGAUCACAGGAGUGAUUUCGUUGUUCUUUCUGAUGUUUAACUUGGAAGACAGCAUUCAAGAGGGCAGCCUGGGGACUUGAAUUCGGAAAUUAUUAGGUCAGACAUUCAAGAGGCAUUUUCGCCUCGAGUGUUGAAUACUGUGAAAAGGGUUGAGAGCGAACAUAGGCCAUUUUGGAGGGCACUGAUUCCCGCGGAACUGGUUCCCGCGGACCUCUAACAGUUUGUAUAGUGUACCUUCUGAUGUCAGUAUUGGCAUCUCCUUACAGAAAGUUCGAAGUUGACUGGUGCAUGUUAUUGUGUUUACAUAUAGAUGUAGGUCAGCUAUACAGCUUGUAUGGGUUGGGGUAUUCAAGUUUUGCAGCACAAGAGAAAUUGUCCAUUUGCAAAACGGGCCAGUUGGGUUUUUCAGAAUUAUUCAUUCAGUCUUUUUAGUGCAAACAGUUCCGUCCCAAUAUUCUGUCCAUCCGUCCUAUUUCUUGGUAAACUUAUUACUGCAAUGCUCCUACUUCAGUUUUGAACAGAAAGGCUCGGUGUAGAUGUACACAUGAAGUUUGAAGAAGAAGCAUUUGCUAGUCUUUAUUCAUAUCACCCUUUGUAUGUGUAUUCAAGAACUUAUUUAUUUACUCAUUCAUCAUGCCUAGAGAUCACUGUAAUAUAUUUUAUGGAAAUUUAGCUUUAUUAGAUAGACUAGAAGUAAAGUUGGCGCUUAGAUAGCAGAAAAAAUUGUCAAUCAGUUGUAAAAUUUUCAAACAUCAUCAAGUCUUGUAAUAUUCAUACUGUAUACACUUUUGGUAAAAUAAACAAAUCAUUUUACAAUUCA